AUGGCUCUCCUUUAUUCCAGCGGCGGGCGCUUGCCCCUGACCUUGUUUCCAUCUACGUCUCUAAAGAACAUCUUGAGAUCGAACGGCUGGUCGAAGCACGGUGGAGAAUCGCAUGCCCUUCAGCCUUUUCAAGUAGUUUGCUAUAUACAUCUCCAGGGAAAACCUUUCGGGAGCAUAAGAGCCCAAAAGUCGGGUGAGCUCUUCAAGUAUACGUCCGGAAGAUGGAUCUAUAAUGAACGUCUACGACUGACGGAGCGUUACCUCGAGUUCGAUAUACUUGCUCUCCAGAAAGUUGUGGCUGCGGCAUCCAGUCGUUGUACUUCUGACAUUGUUUCAUUUGUUAAGCUAUCAGAAGGCGGAUUCAAUCGAUUAUUCCAAGUCACUUUCAGUGAUGGGAAGCAUGUCAUCGCCAGAAUUCCAUAUCCUUCCACAGGACCUCAACACUAUGGAGUUGCCAGUGAGGUGGCCACUCUGGACUAUCUCCGGUUGCAUGGUAUUACCACGCCUAAGGUGUAUGCUUGGUGCUCAACACAGGCGAAUCCUGUCGGUGUCGAGUACAUCAUCAUGGAGAAACUGGGCGGUAUCCCACUGGGCGAUGUAUGGUAUACCAUGACGCCAAAGGAUCAGUACAAGAUCAUGAAACAGGUCGUUGAGUGGGAGACGCGGUUGAUGUCAUUGAAGUUCCCUGCUUCUGGUAGCAUAUACUAUCAAAGAGAUAUUCUCUCCGGAGAAGGGAUCCCGCUGCCAGAUCAUAGCGAGCGCCAGUUCUGUAUAGGCCCUAUGGCACAUUACACUUGGUGGCACAACGAGAGAGCACGGCUCAAAAUUGAUAGAGGACCCUUCGGGGAGCGGGAGUUGAAGUGGACCAAAACUUAUGCGAAACCUCGUCUUCCCUAUGAACGACUUUACCGGGAGACCCAUAAUUUCCAUCAGGUUUCCCCAGAAGGCCACAUCAAGGAUUUGUCUGAUUACCUGGCUCUGGCACGAUAUCUUGGUUUCAAAGCAGGAAGCUCGCUGAACCGACCGGUCAUCCGCCACCCCGAUUUCCAACCUAGCAAUAUUCUCGUGUCAGAGACGAAUGAGAUUGUUGGACUAGUUGACUGGCAGCACUCUGAAGUUCUUCCUCUUGGGCUUGCUACUGGGAUGCCGAAGCAUUUCCAGAACUACGGUGACCCCGAUUCAGAAAAGCUCCUUGAGCCUCAGAUCAAUCUUCCACCAAACUAUGACUCUCUUGCCUUGUCUGAACAAAUUUCAGUGCGAGAGACCAUUCGAAGACGGGUGGUUCAUUUUCUUUAUGCCGCCCUUACCAAGCGGUUGAAUGAAGAACAUUAUGAUGCAAUAUUCAACCAGUCUGUCAUUAUGCAUCAACGCCUCUUUAAGAGUGCGGGCACUCCCUGGGAAGGAGACUCGACUACUCUACGAGCUGACAUGAUUCGCGCCAUACAGAGCUGGCCGAUUUUGAUUACAGAAGACUCUCUAGACAGAGGGACAUGCACUGUUCCUCCUUUCGAGUAUUCAGAUAAAGUGAUUCACGACACAUUCAGACUGGACGCGCAACAGAGGGAAGCUGAUAUUGCAAUGGAAUAA